GCCUUUUCUUAGAGGAGGAUGUGGCGGUAUUGGGGGCGGGAAGUGAGGGCUCUCCGAUGGGCAACGUGCUCGUAGUCGUAACGCGGCGCCCCGCCCCUUCCGCACAGGCGCCGGGAAGAAGGGGGUGGGGCCACGUGAGUGUCCGCGCCAUCAGGCUCGAGGUGGCGGCGAGGUUCGUUUUCAGUGUAUGGUUUUCCUUGCCCAGCGGUUCUUCUUGGUACCAGCAAUGGAGGGUGUGCGCUGGGCCUUUUCCUGCGGCACUUGGCUGCCGAGCCGAGCCGAAUGGCUGCUGGCGGUGCGAUCGAUCCAGCCCGAGGAGAAGGAGCGCAUUGGACAGUUCGUCUUUGCCCGGGACGCUAAGGCAGCCAUGGCUGGUCGUCUGAUGAUAAGGAAGUUAGUUGCAGAGAAAUUGAAUAUCCCUUGGAAUAAUAUUCGUUUGCAAAGAACUGCAAAAGGAAAGCCAGUUCUUGCAAAAGACUCAUUGAAUCCUUACCCCAAUUUCAACUUUAACAUCUCUCAUCAAGGGGAUUAUGCUGUACUUGCUGCUGAACCUGAGCUACAAGUUGGAAUCGAUAUAAUGAAAACUAGUUUUCCAGGUCGUGGCUCAAUUUCAGAAUUCUUUCAUAUUAUGAAAAGAAAGUUUACCAACAAAGAAUGGGAAACAAUCAAAAGCUUUAAGGACGAAUGGACUCAGCUGGAUAUGUUUUAUAGGAAUUGGGCAUUAAAAGAAAGCUUCAUAAAAGCCAUAGGUGUUGGGCUAGGAUUUGAAUUGCAAAGGCUUGAAUUUGAUAUAUCCCCAUUAAACCUGGAUAUAGGCCAAGUUUACAAAGAGACACGUUUAUUUCUGGAUGGGGAAGAAGAAAAAGAAUGGGCAUUUGAGGAAAGCAAAAUAGAUGAACAUCAUUUUGUUGCAGUAGCUCUUAGGAAACCCGAUGGAUCUAGACAUCAGGAUGUCCCAUCUCAAGAUGAUUCUAAACCAUCCCAGAGGCAGUUCACCAUUCUCACCUUUAAUGAUUUAAUAUCAUCUGCUGUUCCUAUGACCCCUGAGGAUCCUUCAUUUUGGGACUGUUUUUGCUUCACAGAAGAAAUUCUAAUACGAAAUGGUACAAAGUCAUGAUAUGAUAAGUAACAAAGGGAAAUCAAAACUGUUUGUAAUAUUCUGUAUUCACUAAAAAAAAAAAAAAUGCCUGAUAGUAUCAAAUUUUAUUUCACAAACCAGUUGAAAAAAGAAAAACAAAACUUUUCCUAUUAAAAAAGCAUACUCCCAGUUCAAGAUAGCUGAGUAGAAUACAUGUUUAUCUUUUCUUCCUUCCCAGAAUCACAUUGGAUUGACAGAAGAGAUAGAAAGGGUGGCAGAAUCUUAAAGUGACACAGGCAUACCUCAUUUUAUUGUGCUACGCUUUAUUGUGCUUCACUUUAUUGCAUUUCACAGGUGUUGCAUUUUUUACAAAUGGAAGGCAAGACCCUCCACUAGCAAAAAGAUUACGACUCGCUUGAUUACGAUGGUCUGGAACAGAACCUGCAGUAUCUCUGAGGUAUGCCUGUACAUGCUUAUUGUAGAAAAAAAUAGAAAAUGCAAAUACGCACAAAGAAAACGUUUAAAUUCCUAUCUUUCAGAGAGAGCUAUUUCAGAGAUAACUGUUUCUAAAACCUGGAGUAUAUUUCCAGACCUUUCUCUUGGUAAAUGAAUCCAUAUUAAUAUACUUUUUUUUUUUUAAUAUGGGAACAUACUGUUUUGUAAUUUUUUUUUCUCUUAACUGCACAUCUGCUGUUCAUAAAAAUAUACUUCUGUGGCAAAACUUUUACUGGCUCUAAAGUACUGUAUUGUGUGGUUCAUAUCAGGAUGCUUUUGAUCAGAGGUAACAGUGUCCAAAUCAAAUUGACUUAGUAACCAGGAACAUUUGUUAUCUCACACAACACACAGUUCAGAGGUGUCAUUAAGGACAGUGUUUUUUGCCUCGGCCUCAGUUUGUUUUGCCUUAGGCUUGUCUCCCUUGUGGUCAGUCAUAAGAGUUGCUGCUAUAACUUCCAGCUUCAUAUCUUCAUAAAAUUGCAUCUAAAAGAAAGGCCAAAAAAAAAAAAGGAAAGGCCAUUUUUCCUCACAUCUCAUUUUUGUCCAUAAGGAGUACAUGUCCCACAAGCCCCCAGAAAAUUUCCUCUCUGUUUCCCUUGACUCAGAUCAGGUCACCGUGAAAGCUGAUCUCUGACAUGAUUAGCCUCUGUGGUAGUGGCCUCUUGGGAAGGGAGAAGCUGAGACGAAGUUGUGGGAAUGGCAUUGAGGGGAAGGAAGCCCAUUGCCUGCCGAAAGGGUGGUGUGCCACAAAUUUGCUCAUUUUUUUCCUCUUAGAUAUUUUGAUUGUCUGCAGAUUUUACUGUAAGCAGUGGUGUAGUGAAUGUCCUUAUAACCACAUUUUGAGGUACAUGUUUAAUUAUGUCCUUGAGAAAGUUUCUGCAAGUAGAAUGAUUGGUUCAAAGAGAUUAAAAACGUUUAGUAAGUAUUGUCAAAUUGCUCUUCAAAAAGGCUGUACAGUUUACACUGCCAGUUAGUUUUAUAUGUGUGACACCCUUUCACCCCCCGCCCCCCCGCCCCCACACACACACCUACAUACUCCUUGGUCAACUGUAGAUGCUGCCUUUUUUUUCUAAUUUAAUCGUUACAAACAUAAAUGAAAAAUGGUUCCUUAUUUUUAAAAUUUGUAUUUCUUUCAUUACAAAUGAGGUUGGUAUGUCAGUGUUGUUAUUGGCUAUUUGUAUUUCUUUCUUUUAUGAACGACCUGUUCAUUGUCUUUGCCUGUUUUAUUUUAGUAAAUAGGACUUAAUUUAAAGUGGGAACAUAAUAUAUAAGAUGCCAAGACCAUCAUAUUGAUGACAGAAUCUAUUAUAUGGUUGUAGUGCAUGUCUUGGGGAGUUAAAGUCUUAUUAUUGUUAAAUAUCAAGAAGUGAAAUAAUUUCAUUGUUUCUGUUACUAAAAUUGAAAGUUGUGUGUAAAUUGUAUAAAAUCAGAUACUUUGCUUAGUAAAAAAAAUUUGGAAUGUUUUAUAAUUUCUUUAUUUUAUUAAGCAUGCCCACAUAUUCCAAGCAUAGUAAAUAAUGUGUUUAAAAAGGUGAAGUAGCAUUUGUAAUAGAGGAAACAUUGUUACCCCUAGCAUGAAUGUAAUGUGAUAUAAAAAACUGUCAUCUGUCUUGUCAUUAUAAUAAUAAAUUGAUUAACAUUAUUGAAUUUUUAUGA